CUAUGUCGCUGUCCCACUUGUACCGGGAUGGGGAAGGCCACAUGGAUGAGGAUGAGGAUGAACACGAGAAUUUUGAGAUCACCGACUGGGACCUCCAGAAUGAGUUCAACCCCAAUCGGCAGCGUCACUGGCAGACCAAGGAAGAAGCCACCUACGGGGUGUGGGCAGAGCGAGACUCGGAUGAAGAGAGGCCCAGUUUUGGAGGCAAACGGGCCCGGGAUUACUCUGCACCCGUCAACUUCAUCAGCGCGGGGCUCAAGAAAGGGGCGGCUGAGGAGGCGGAGUUGGAAGAUUCUGAUGACGAGGAGAGACCUGUGAAGCAGGAGGACUUCCCUAAGGAUUUUGGACCAAAGAAGUUAAAAACGGGUGGCAAUUUUAAACCCAGCCAGAAAGGUUUUGCAGGAGGUACCAAGUCGUUCAUGGACUUUGGCAGCUGGGAAAGACACACGAAAGGGAUUGGACAGAAGCUGCUUCAGAAGAUGGGCUACGUCCCAGGGAGGGGCCUGGGGAAGAAUGCACAAGGUAUAAUCAAUCCGAUUGAAGCCAAACAGAGAAAGGGCAAAGGGGCUGUGGGGGCUUACGGCUCGGAGCGCACCACUCAGUCCCUGCAAGAUUUUCCAGUCGUGGACUCCGAUGAGGAAGCUGAAGAGGAGUUCCAGAAGGAGUUGAGCCAGUGGAGGAAAGACCCCAGUGGGAGCAAGAAGAAGCCCAAGUACUCUUACAAGACAGUGGAAGAGCUGAAGGCCAAAGGCAGGAUCAGCAAGAAGCUCAGCGCCCCCCAGAAGGAGCUUUCUCAGGUCAAGGUCAUAGACAUGACGGGCCGCGAGCAGAAGGUCUACUACAGUUACAGCCAAAUCAGCCACAAGCACAGCAUUCCUGACGAUGGGCUGCCCCUGCCGCCGCCGCUGCCCACCAAGGAGGCCAAGGCUCCGGGCUUCGCGCUGCCUGAGCUGGAGCACAACCUGCAGCUGCUCAUCGACCUCACAGAGCAGGAGAUCAUCCACAAUGACCGGCAGCUGCAGUAUGAGCGUGACAUGGUGGUCAACUUGUCCCAUGAGCUGGAGAAGACGGCCGAGGUGCUACGGCAUGAGGAGCGUGUCCUCUCCAACCUCAGCAGGGUCCUGGAGCUGGUGGAGGGGUGUGAGCGGCGGAUGCAGCCCCACUGCAGUGACCCGCUCUCCCUGGAUGAGUGCGCUCGCAUCUUCGAGACCCUGCAGGACAAGUACCACGAGGAGUACAGGAUGGCUGACCGUGUGGACCUGGCCGUGGCCAUUGUUUACCCCCUCAUGAAGGACUACUUCCGGAACUGGGACCCCCUCAAAGACUGCACAUAUGGCACCGAGACCAUUUCCAGGUGGAAGCGCCUGCUGGAGAAUGACCAGAUCUUGUCCCACGGUGGCCAGGAUCUCUCGGCGGACGCCUUCCACAGGCUUAUCUGGGAAGUCUGGAUACCUCUUGUCCGGAAUAUCAUACCGCAGUGGCAACCAAGGCAGUGUGACCCGAUGGUGGACUUCCUGGACAGCUGGGUGCACAUCAUCCCUGUGUGGGUCUCCGACCAUAUCCUGGACCAGCUCAUCUUCCCCCGAUUGCAGGAGGAGGUGGAGAACUGGAACCCACUGACGGACACGGUGCCCAUCCACUCAUGGAUCCACCCAUGGCUCCCCCUCAUGCAGGUGCGGCUAGAGCCGCUCUACGCCCCCAUCCGCAGCAAGCUGUCCAGUGCCCUGCAGAAGUGGCACCCCAGCGAUGCCUCAGCCAAGCUCAUCCUGCAGCCCUGGAAGGAGGUCUUCACCCCUGGCUCCUGGGAGGCCUUCAUGGUCAAGAACAUUGUGCCCAAGCUGGGCAUGUGUCUCGGGGAGCUUGUCAUCAACCCCCACCAGCAGCACAUGGAUGCCUUCUACUGGGUCAUGGAUUGGGAAGGCAUGAUCUCCGUCUCCAGCCUGCUCGGCCUCCUGGAAAAGCACUUCUUCCCCAAGUGGCUUCAGGUCUUGUGCUCCUGGCUCAGUAACAGCCCCAAUUACGAGGAGAUCACCAAGUGGUACCUGGGCUGGAAGUCCAUGUUCUCAGACCAAGUGCUGGCCCACCCAUCUGUCAAGGACAAAUUUAAUGAGGCACUGGACAUCAUGAACAGGGCUGUUUCCUCCAAUGUUGGUGCCUACAUGCAGCCCGGGGCGCGGGAGAACAUCGCCUACCUCACCCACACAGAGCGGAGGAAGGAUUUCCAGUACGAGGCCAUGCAGGAGCGGCGGGAGGCUGAGAACAUGGCCCAGAGGGGCAUCGGGGUGGCUGCCAGUUCAGUGCCCAUGAACUUUAAGGAUCUGAUACAGACAAAGGCUGAGGAGCACAACGUGGUCUUCAUGCCAGUUAUUGGGAAGCGGCACGAGGGGAAGCAGCUCUACACCUUCGGCCGCAUCGUCAUUUACAUCGACCGUGGUGUGGUCUUUGUCCAGGGUGAGAAGACCUGGGUGCCCACCUCCCUGCAGAGCCUGAUUGACAUGGCCAAGUAG